AUGUCUGCUUUUGUCAGGGUACUUCCAAAAAUAUCCAGAAGCUCAGUGCUCACCAGAUCAUUGAGACUGCAAUUGAGGUGCUAUGCAUCAUAUCCAGAGCACACCAUCAUUGGUAUGCCAGCAUUGUCCCCCACUAUGACCCAAGGUAACCUUGCUGUUUGGACUAAAAAGGAAGGUGACCAACUGGCUCCUGGUGAAGUGAUUGCAGAAAUCGAAACGGAUAAGGCUCAAAUGGACUUCGAAUUUCAAGAAGAUGGUUACUUAGCCAAGAUCUUAGUCCCUGAAGGUACCAAGGACAUUCCAGUUAAUAAGCCUAUUGCUGUGUAUGUGGAGGAUAAAAACGAUGUACCAGCUUUCAAGGAUUUUAAGUUGGAGGACUCAGGUUCUGAUGUUAAGGCUAGCACGAAGACUCAACCUGUUGAAGCACAGGGAGAAAAUGGACAGCAAGCGCCAGCUGAGAAAACCAAGACUUCUACUGUCGAAUCUAAUAAAAGCAAGGUAUCAGCCCCUCAAGGUAGAAUUUUUGCCUCUCCAGUUGCCAAGACCAUUGCUUUGGAAAAGGGUAUCUCUUUGAAUGAUGUCCAGGGUACAGGACCUCGCGGUAGAAUCACUAAGGCUGACAUUGAGUCAUAUCUAGAAAAGUCUUCUAAGCAGGCUUCCGUGACUAGUGGUGUUUCAGCUGCUUCCCCUGCUGCUGCCUCUGCCACUUCGAGUGCCAGUGCCGGCUCUGCUCCGUCGCCUUCUUCUACAGCAUCAUACGAAGAUGUUCCUAUCUCAACCAUGAGAAGUAUCAUUGGGGAACGUUUAUUGCAAUCAACUCAAGGUAUUCCAUCAUACAUUGUUUCUUCCAAGAUAUCUGUUUCCAAACUUCUAAAAUUGAGACAAUCCUUGAAUGCUACGGCAAAUGACAAGUUCAAAUUGUCAAUUAAUGACUUGUUAGUGAAAGCCAUUACCGUUGCAGCUAAGAGGGUACCAGACGCCAAUGCGUACUGGUUACCUAAUGAAAACGUUAUUCGUAAAUUCAAGAAUGUUGAUGUUUCUGUCGCAGUUGCUACUCCAACAGGGUUAUUGACGCCAAUUGUUAAAAACUGUGAGGCCAAGGGUCUGUCGCAAAUCUCCAAUGAGAUUAAGGAAUUGGUCAAGCGUGCCAGAAUAAACAAACUGGCUCCAGAGGAGUUCCAAGGUGGUACCAUUUGCAUUUCCAACAUGGGUAUGAAUAACGCUGUCAACAUGUUCACUUCAAUUAUCAAUCCACCACAAUCUACAAUCUUAGCUAUUGCUACUGUUGAAAGGGUCGCCGUAGAAGAUGCCGCUGCCGAAAACGGAUUCUCCUUCGAUAACCAAGUCACCAUAACAGGAACCUUUGACCAUAGAACUAUUGACGGUGCAAAGGGUGCUGAAUUCAUGAAAGAAUUGAAGACUGUCGUUGAAAAUCCUUUGGAAAUGCUGUUAUGA